UUUAUUUAUUAUCUGAUCCAAUUUCAACAGCUAAUAAAACUAGUUAUAAAGAAUUUUCAGAUGUGUAUGGAUUUGGUCCUACUACUCAAUUUGUAAGAAAUGUUAGAAUAGUGAUUGAAUCCACUUUGGAAAGGUAUUUAAAUACUAUUCAAUAUAUAUGUGGUGAUUUCUUUGAAGCUUUAGCAAACUCAAGCAUAAUAAUAGAAAAUGUUGGUGAUGAGAAUAACAAAAAAGAUGAUGUAGAAAGAAUUUUUGAAAAUGUAAAAGUUGAUAAUAAAUUAGCAUGUAAUAAUCCCAUGGAAUUUUCCUAUUAUUCAAGUGGUCUAUUUGAAGAUAUUUGCUUUGAAUGUGAAAAAGUACCAGAAAAUGAAUGCGAUGAAUCUGCUAGAGUUAGUAUAAAUGAAGUAUAUUACUAUUAUUGUGAUGAAUGUUAUACAACAGUUUCAAAUAAGAAGAAGCGUAACAAGGAUGUUAAAUUUCAAUUAAACUAUAAAGAAUUAUUGGUAAAUAAUAUACCGAGAGUCAAAUUUAUUGGUCAGAAGGAGAUUAGAAUUAGAGUAGGCAAUCCAAGUAAUAUCAUCCAUGACGGAACAUCAAUAAAUAAAGAUGAUUCGUAG